AUGUCCUCGGAUUUUAUUCGUCCACCUCCUGCUCCUGUUUUUUACCCAACGCUUGAGGAGUUUACUGAUCCCAUAAGUUAUGUACAUCGUAUUUCCCCAAUAGCAUUUAACUACGGUAUUUGUAAAAUACACCCUCCUGAUGAUUGGAAGCCACCAUUUUCGAUUGAUGAACAAAAUUUUACAUUUGUACCUAGAGUACAGGAGUUAUCCGAUGUGUGUGCUUACAACCGUGUGAGAUACCAUUUCAUCACAUCCCUAAUAAAUUUCUGGGAAGCCCAGGAAGUUACGCUGUUUGUCCCUCAGAUCAAAGGCAGAAGCAUAGAUAUUUAUCGUUUAUGGAAGCAAGUGAAAUGUGCUGGUGGUUAUGAGACCGUUUGUGAGAAAAAGCUGUGGUGUAAAGUUUGUGAACAAAUUAACUUACCGGCUAUCCCAUCGUUUGCUUCCGCUCUUUGUUCACACUACAAGAAAUAUUUGUUGCCGUAUGAUGCAUUUAUCGCCAGUGAAUCUGUAAUUAAUGAACAAAACUUGAAGCGUUCACAUGCAAAUCAAUCUCUUCGAAAAAAGCCAUCGGUCGAUAAAAUGGUGUGUUCUGUGUGCAAUCUCGGCAAUAAUGAUGAGUAUCUUCUAUUAUGUGAUGGAUGUGAAACCUAUGGAGCUUGUCACACUUACUGUCUCGACCCACCCUUAUCUGAUGUACCGAAAGGGAACUGGUACUGUCGUUCCUGUGUAAUUAGAAGAUACAAGCAACUAAACCAGUUCGAGGUGUUUGGUUUCAAAAGUUCAAAUGUGAAAUACACUUUACACACAUUUGGAAUCCGAGCUGAUGAUUUUAAGGUGAAGCACUUCGGAAAACCAACACAUAUGGUUUCAACUGAAGAGGCUGAGACCGAGUUUUGGCGCCUUGUUGAUUCUGAAGAUACCGAAGUCACCGUCGAGUACGGUGCUGAUUUGAGUGCUCAUGAGCAUAAGUCAGGUUUCCCAACUUCACGACCUGGAAGGGUCAGUCAGAAACUGAAACAUUAUAUAAAUUCACCCUGGAACCUGAAUAACACCCCUCUAUUAGAUGGUUCUGCCUUGAGAUUCCUACCAAGGGAUAUAUCGGGGAUGAUCAUACCGUGGUGCUACGUCGGCAUGGCUUUUUCCUGCUUUUGCUGGCACACUGAAGAUCAUUGGAGUUACUCCAUUAACUAUCUGCACAUGGGUGAGCCGAAGACCUGGUAUGGAGUUCCAACGGACUAUGCUGAUGCUUUCGAAAUGGCUAUGCGUUCCGAAGUCCCAGAAUUAUUUGUCAACUCUCCAGAUUUAUUGCACCAUAUGACUACUAUGGUUUCCCCAUCUAGACUUCAGGCACAUGGUGUCCCAGUUUAUCGCCUUGACCAAAUGGUUGAAGCUGUUAACUUCUGUCCUCCGGAUUGGCUUGAUUAUGGCCGAAAUUGCAUUGAACACUAUGCCCUUCUACACAGAACUCCUGUCUUUUCACACGCAGAACUGUUGUGUCGGAUGGCAAAAUCUGUUGAACCACUUAGUGUAGAGUUCUUAGCCGUUGUUAGUAGGCAGUUAGAGGAUCUACUAACGACAGAACGUAGUCUUAGGCGUCAUUUAGCAAGAAUUGGUGUCAGACUUACAGAACGAAUGGUCUUUGAGAAUUCAGACGAUGAGAAAAGGGAAUGUGAUUUGUGUCGAACAACGCUUUAUUUAUCCUCAUUAGGAUGUAAAUGCUCAGAAAGUAUGGUAUGUUUAGCUCAUCAUCAGAUACGUACCUGUUGCUCACGUGAUAAUCAAGUAAUGCGUUAUCGUUAUGAUUUAGACGAGCUGACUGAAUUCAAAGAUAAAUUACAGUUAAGAUUAGUUGAAUAUAAAGAAUGGAAAUAUCAAAUUGAAAAUGAUGUAUUCGCUGUAAUGCAUAAUAAAUCUUCAAGUAAUAAUAAUCCCACAAAACUGCAAUCAUCCACUAUCACUCUGGAUUAUGAUAAUCAUUCUACUGAAUCUAGUAAUAAUUUAAUAGAAUUGAAUGAUCAUUUGAAAUCUGUGGAUAAUGAUAACAAUGCCGGUAAUUCUAACGAUAUCAGUAAUGAAACUGUGAAAGCUUCAGAUGAUACUAUCACUGAACCUAAACUUGAAGAUAACAAUGCUGAUGAAGUGAAUGAACUUAUUCAUGUGAAUUUAAAAUCUUCCACGUCAUCACAAGUGAAACAAGAAGAACGUCAAAAGUUAACACUGGUUGAUUUGAAUAAACUCUUGAAAAUUGGUCAGACACGUCAGUAUCCAAACCCAGUAGUAGAGCGUUUAAGUCAUAUAGUUCAUACAAUUGGUGAAUGUUCAUCAGUAGUGGGCAAAUUGAUUACUAGCUAUAAGAAAGCAUGUGAAGAGAUGAAAAGUACUCAGUCAGUAGCAGUAAAAUCUCCUAAAUCAGAAAUGACAGAUUCAGGACAUGAAGAAGACGAGAACAACGAAGGACAUAAUUCAGGUGAUGUAGAAUUGACGCACAGUGGUAAUCAACCUGUUAAAGAGGUUUUACAAUCUUCCGCAUCCACUAAAUCUAGCUCAGAGUCAGACAAUGAAACAAGUAUUGAAGACUCUCGGAAUUCUACUAAUACUUCUCUGACUAAAGUCAGUCAAAUGAUGAGUGAGGGUGGUAUCGGUGUUGAAGUUGAGGAAGAAGAGAAUACAGAAGAGGCAGAUCAGGAAGAAAAAGCAAAAACUAUGUGUGAUGAAAAAAUAUUGAAUACAAGUUUGGAGGUGGUGCACAAUAAUUAUAAAUUUCGAUCAAGAUAUAACAAUUACCCUUGUUCAAAUUGGAAAGGAAAUAAAUUUUCUGCAUCGAAAGCUCCUCUGAUUUCAAAACUUACACUAAAUGAAUUCGCCAGUUUAAUUAAAUUGGCUACAAACUUACCAGUAGUCUUACCUGAAUUAAAUGAAUUACUAGAAUUUGUAGAUCAUAUUACUUUGUGGAGAAGUGAGUUACGCAACUUGUUGAUGCAACUAAACAAGAAGCUAAAUACUAUUGAUGAUGGUGAUGAUGUUCGCAGUGAUACUGACGUUAAUAUCAAUGGUAUUACUACCGCUACUACAAAUAGUAUUACCAUCAAUGAUAAUGGUAGUAUAUUUGAUCAAACUAAUGUAGAAGUACACAUUCGAUCUAUUUUACCGUCCGUAUUGAAAGUCGAAGAAUAUAUAAAUUUUGCCAGUGUAAUAGACAUUGAAUUACCGGAGUUAAAUCAACUAAAAAGAGUUCAUGAUUGCUUAACAUGGUUCGAAGAUGUGGACGAAAUACUAACCUUCAAAUAUACUGCUAUUUGUACCGAAAAUAAUAAAACAAAUAACAAGAAAAAGGAUGUUGUUGAUCAGAAUGUUAUUAACGAGUGCGAAAUGGAUAUGACAUGUAAACCUACACUGAAUGAUCUUUGUGAAUUACAACUGAAGGGUAAUCAAAUUGCCGCGUCUAUUGCGUAUGCAAUGAAUAAGCAUGAAGAUGGAUAUGCUUAUGAUUUUUCUUCACAUAGUGUAUUGGAUGCAGCAUUAACCGUUCAAAGUCGACGUCUUUUAGAAACUGUAUCUAAAGUAACGUUGGUGGAAGAAAGAUUGAAGGAAAUUAUCAACGCUGAACCUUGUAGUUUGUCUUUAGUUACUGUGAAAGAACAGUUGGCAAUGGCAAUGCAACUACCUAUUCAUUUAACUGCUACUUCUGAUGUUCAGGAGAUAUGCGAGAAGGCAGAAAAAUAUGAGAAACAGUUUAAUAUUCUUGCAAAAUUACUGUUUGAAAACAAUAAUUUAUCCAUUAAACAAGAACUAGAUGAACAACAGCAACCAGCACAUACACCGCGUGAUGAGAAUAAAAGUAAAGAAAAUAUUCACGUAAAAGACGAUGAAAGUUCUAGUGAAGAAAAACUAGAUGAAGUUGGAUUGGGUUCAGUAGACUGUACUCCAUCUAAAUGGCAGUCUUACUUUAACACCUUAGAAGAGAAUAUUCAAAACUGUGUCAUAAAAUUUCCACAAAUCGAUUCUAUCAGAACAUUGUUGUCAGAUUUGAGUAUAUUCUAUGGAAAGUUGACAAAAUUGUUUCUUCGACCUGAAUCAACUCAAAGUUUAUUGGAAAUCCUACUGCCACGAUCAGCAUCUGCUUUAGAAUGGCUUAUUCGUUUAGAUGGUGGUCCAGAAAUACCUGAUUCGUAUCGAAGUGAUUUUAAGUUGGAAGUGAACAAUUGUCCACCAACUACAUAUAAACGGCAUACACGAAGUCCACAUUUCCAGGCAUCAACGUAUAAAUCACUGUGUAAAGACAGUGCACAAGAAUUCGCUAAAAUUUCAAGUAUGAAAGAUUGGAAUCAAAUGUAUACUUCAGUGUAUAAUCGUUUUGUUGAAGCUGAAGUUUCAUUAAUGCAUUACUUACGCAGUACUAAUAUGCGUAAGUCGAGAGCAAAAAAUCAAGAGAAAAUAGUCUAUUGUAUUUGUCGACAGCCUGGACUUACCAGUUUUAUGCUUCAAUGUGAGCUUUGUCGUGACUGGGUUCACGGUCGGUGUGUUACACUCCCAGCUUUAAAGGACUCAGAAACUGAACGUAUGAGAUAUAUUUGUCCACGAUGUGAAUGCAGUCUAAGACCUGAUUUGAAGCAAGUUCUUGAGCUUCUGUCAGAUCUCAGUAGUCUCGCGCGAAACAGAAAUGAAUCAAACCAAAAUAAAGCUAUGCACAAAUUCGUUGCAGUUCAGCUUCUUUGUGAUCGAGCUCUUUGUUUCAUUAAGUAUAUUCAAAAUGAGAUAGCGUCUAAUGCAGAACUCAAACAAGCCCUAACUGAUUACGAGCAUUUUUCGAAUAUGACAAUGCCUUCAUUCGACUUAAUCGAGCAAAAUAUUUCUGAGGAGUUAAUUCAGCCGUCAGAUCACAAGGAUGUUUCUUAUGCUCCGAUGGAUUGUAAAAAACAACCUGUACGUACAACAUCACCUAGUCUUUCCUCACGUUCGAUGGGUCCCAUUCGUUCUGCAUCUGAUUUUCGAACGUUAAAGUCACAUUCUGUGCAUGGUCAUGGUGACAUCGAUGGUGAUAAGAAAAAUCCUCUUGGUUCAUACUUACCUACAGCUAAACCACGAAGUGGAAUCACCAUGCCCUCAAAGUCACCAUGGGAACUGAUAAAUUCCGCGACGUUAUCGAAAGAAAUGCAGGUCAGUCGUAAUCCUCGUGAAUUAAUAGUUGCUGAUAACAUUCGUUCUUCGUCAUCAAGGCAACCUGAUUUAGAAUCACAAUUUUCAGAUUAUAAGCAAAGUCGUAAACAUCAAUCAUUGACAUCGAAUAACAAUUUACGCAUGCAUUCAGGUGAACAGAAAGAAACUGAAGCUGCUGAAGCAUUGGCUGGUCUUUCAGCCUCGUUAAAUACUCAGUCUUCUGUUGUUGCUGGUUACAAACCAGCACAUAAUCAACGAUCAUACGGUAAUUUCAAAUCUGACGCUACGACAUAUGGUCAAAUGGGUAAUCCUGAUAGUUUUACUGCGAGAAGGUUCAACAAACAUGAAACUGUACGACACGACAGUGGUUUUAAUUCACGUCCUACUGAUCGAUCAGAUCCCUCUUACUUUCAUAAACGAAAUUGCGGUCAAGUUAUGUCCUCAGACCAUCCUCGGGAUCCCAGUAGGUGUGAUCGACCGCUUCAUUCAAAGGUGUUAACAAAUGAAGCACGCAGAAUAUUGGAAAAUCUAAUUAUGGAAGCGUGUUUACUAGAAGUCCACUUACCGCAAACACGUUGGCUGUGGCAGUUGCAUUUAGCCUCAGAUCGAGAAACAGCUUCAUGUGGUGCACUUCAUCCAUCUAUCGCAAAAAUCGAGGAAGACCGUCUAAAACGGCGAAUCUUACGUCAUCUCCAACAAUCGAAUCAAUCGAAAUGUUCUGACCGACCAAGAGCUGGUCGACGAAAAAGAGGGAGCUCUGGUGCUGAGGAUAACUCUGCUAAUGUAGACUCGAAAGUGGAGCUGUCAGAUGACAGUAAUAUAUCUUCAAGUGAAAUAAGUGAAUUACAAAAGCGUCAGCGUUACAGUUCAGAGUAUUCAGAAGGCGAAGAAAAACAAAGCAAUUCAUCUGUUUCUGAUCCAGUGCAUUAUGUCACAUCUCUGCCUAAUAGAAAGCCUUAUCGUCUAAGAGGUCGUGCCUCAGAUCUUGCUAUAGCAAGACGAUACAAACUAGGUAGACCUAAACGUUUGUUGCCUGUACGAGGUCGCAGAUCAGUUCAACGACCAGCUCAUGCAAUGGGAUACAGAUCGAUGCGUCCAGGUGUACAGAAACACAUGUAUAAUGUUAAGAUACAAGGUGAACUACAAUAUAAAGACCGUACGGUGGCUCCAAACAAAAGUAGUAAACUUCAACUCAUCAAUCGUACAAGAAAUCUAAGUGGUCAGUCUUGCAUACCUUCUCGGAGGACUGGACGCGUUUAUCGUGGAGAACGCUUAGUGCGACGUCUGUAUCCGUGUUCAAAUAACGAGUUUAGUGAUUCAUCUACAAGUGAUGAACAUGUAGAUGUGGUUGCGGAGCUACCAUUAUUAAGUGAACAACAUCUGUCAAGAAGUGAAUCACCAAGAUAUCAUAAAAUGAUGUCUAACUAUUCAAAUUAUGCUCGUAGCGAGAUUAAAAGAAGAUUAGCAUUUAGAUCAGACAGACUAAAUCAACCUUCACCAAUAAUGGACACUUAUGAAAGUGAACAGUAUGAAGAUUCUUCUACAGAAGAUCAAUUGUCAAAUUAUGAAGAUGAAGAAUGCCCUGCAAAGCCUUGUUUAAAUCCUCGUACUGGUACAGUAAAAUGGGUUCAGUGUGAAGCAUGCUGCCAAUGGUAUCAUCAGAUAUGUGUUGGAAUUCAUCAUGAAUUUCAGCUUCCUAAAGUAUAUCUUUGUCGUCGUUGUCAUCGACGUUCCACCACAACCAUGACUCCUCGUCGGAAACAACUAUCUAGCAGUAGAACUAUAGGUCGGUUGCCUAGGAGACAUUUUCUCAGUAAAAGUUCAUCUAAACUUCAUCUGCGUAAAUCUGUAACUGUUAGUCCUAUCAAGUUAACUUCACACGUAUCUCAACGUUCAGUUGGUUGGAACACUAGACCAUCUUUAUCACCUUGUCUGCCUAAGUUACAACCUUAUGAUGACCAGAAUGCCUCUAGUGAGGUUGACAAAGACGAUGACACGCACGAAGGUAAUAAUGACAAUAAUAUCAUUGACCAGAGAGAUGCUGGAAAAUCUGCGUUAAGUCAAGAUAUUCCAGUUCUAAAAAAUCAGCUACUUGACAGCUGGACUGAUAUUUCUCAAAGUUCUGAAGAAUCUUCAGUAAAGCAUCCUGCUAAUUCUCCUAUUGAUUCUUCACAGUUAGAUGAACCUCCAGUUAUUGACGCUUAUGAACACGUUUCAAACAACUCUACAAACACUGUGACCGCUGAAACGUCGAAGGGACCAACUGAAGUUCUGCUAGAGGCAUUAGAUGUAAUGAGUGGCGGAAUUCAAUCAAACGAUACUGUUUAACGAAACACUGACUAUUUAUCACUCUCUCUCUCUCUCUCUCUAGUAAUUCGUUAACUUUUCAUUAUUUCAGUUUUUUUAUAGUCGAAAUUUCAUUUAUUCAUAUCUAUUUAUUGUAGUAAAACGAUAAAAUGAGAGGAUUACAAGAAGGUGGCAAAACGUCGAUUAGAAGAAACUAAUUGACUACUUGCCAGUAAUUUUGAUUUUGUUCUCAAUAUUUGUUAGUCUUACACACGGAAACGUUAGCAUCGCCUCACU